GACAAGUUCCGUUGCAAACUGGACCUUGGAUUGUUGGUAGACAUGACUGAAAGUACUUCAUCACCUGCGAAGGUAAUGGAUGUUGUUCUACCUUUCUGGCUUCCUGUUUUCAGAUCAUGAUCACUUAACAUAUUGUUUUAAUGAACUGUAACGCAAUAGGCGAAUUGACAUUUUUUUUUUUGCCUCAUUAGCAUAUGCGUUUCAUUUCCUGAUGAAUCGAUGAUGAAGUUAUUAAAAUAAACUCUCUGAAUGUCAAAAGAGUGUAACAAUUUCAGUUACCUGUGAAAAUUUGAGCCCGGAAUACCGAGUAGUUUCGGAGAAAUUAUCUUUAAUGAGCAAAAUUGUAAACGAUGGCGUCGUGCAUACUCAGCGAUGGUGACGAUCGUAUCCGGGAAAUCCGUGAUAUGGAAACUGCCGGCUUCAAAAAGAAGCAGUUCACGCUCCUUUUUCAUUAAGAUGAACAUAUUUUAUCGCUAAGGAAAAUGUUGAACAUUUAUGGGAUCUAAUGGAACGAAGCAUCAAAUAGUGUUUAAACUUCCCAGCAUACAGAAUACCUUUUCGUCGUUGUUUUUUUAGAUCAAAUACUUAUAUUUUUUUCGGCAGUUGGAAAAACACAGCUUAAAACAGAUGAAUCUUAACACAAACUUUAAGGUCCUCAAGAAAUGCCGUGGGAAGCUUGAGUGUUUGAUCUUCGAAAUGUUUAUUAUCAGAAACAAAAGACCUACAUUACACACUCAAGCGGACUCCAUCCGGGCGAAACUUUUUAUUUAUGUUUUAGUUUGUUCCAUUUUCAUGCCUCAAUUUAAUUUUACAUGUUCCUGACACUUUCUUUUUCUGUAUUUAUAUCACCAAUUCAUGCUAAUCUUCUUCGCAUUUGAUAAUGAUGACAUGGAGUCAUCGAAACGUCGUGUUACUUUUUUAUCGUUGAUUUUUCUUUUAAAAUAGACGUAGAAAAAAAAGCGAAUUCAUCUUCAGCUCCUCUUUGAGUUUCAAAUUCCACGUUUUUAGAAGACUUUUCACGCAUUAUAGUGCAAUCUGCAAGUCAUGAUUUAAUAUGUACAUAAUUUGACUGCUUGUAAAAUGUUCUGUCUUUUAGGAUGUUUUAUUAUUUAAGGUAAAUAUUUUUGCAUUUUAGGGAAAAGGUGCACAGUUGGUAGUAACCGCAACGGGUCCAAAGUCGAAACUUCAGAGGGGAUUAAGAGGCGUUGUUAAUGACCACGCCUACCAUGUGUCAAAUUAUACAGAGCUAAAUGACUUGUUCGAUGACUUGGCGAAAGUCAUCUGUCAGCGUAAGUGAUAAUAAAUUUGUCAAUUUAACUGAGGGCGGGCUAAAGUACCAUACUAAGAAAAAUGGCUAUACGUAGAAAUUUCCUUUUCACCACUAUUUUCUUUACUAUUGUCCUUUACGUACAACCUCAAAUUAGUCUCCCCUUCACUCUCUAAUGUUAUCAUGGUUUGUUUCCUGAGGUCUGCUACUGCAAUGGUAUAACAAUACGUGAGAAAAGGGAACUACAGUCAAACCCCUUUUAUACGGACAUGACUGAGGGGGCCUUAAAAAAAUGUCCGUAUUAACUGGGUGUCUGUAAGGGCCUUAGUUUCACCAGGGACAAACCAAACAGUCCUAAAUAAUGAGGUGUCCGUACUAGUAAAGCGGGGUUUGACUGUAUUUCAUUGGACCACGUGUCCACAUUUGGGAGGUGUCCCUGCAGUGGGACCAAGAGAACAGUCCGUAAUGGAAACGUGCCCUUAAUAUAUUAUCUAGAGAAAAAGGCGAAAUAUGAACCAGCUACAAGAAAGCUAACAGAGGUAUUGCCGGUAAAUAUUUCUCGAGAAAAUUAAACUUAGAAUUUAAAAAAACUCGCUUGAAAUAGAUUAGAUUGAAAUCGGUGGACAUGAUAAAAUCUCAAAACGACGGUGAAGUCAGAAACGUUUCUCUGUACCAAAGGCGAAUUUAGGGGUGGGCCCAGGGGGCCCCGGCGCCCCCACUUUUGUCCGGAAAUCUCUUUUCUUUGUAAACGCGUGUUGGAUGGUACUUCAAGCUUUGUUACUUAUUAUAUAUUUUCUUCAAUUAACAUUGUUAAUAAGAAAAAAAUCUGUGUUCGAAGCCUACAUUUUUAGCCGCAAAUGACCAAAGCUCCCAGAAUGCAUGCAGUAAAUAUCCGUCUCAAACAGACUGGAUUCGACAAUUUUCAGGGAGACUAUGUCGCUGCCUUUGCCGGGAGGAUGUGCUCUCGCCGCAAUCGCUUCGGCUUCUGCUAGCAUCAUAAAGUAUUUUACUUCUUUUACCACAACCACACCCGUGGUUUAUUAAAUAUUUCAGCAUUAACAUGUUCAAUAUGGAAUCCAGGCAUUUGCUAAAUUUAAGCGUCCAGAAUGCUCUAGAUUGCAUCAAGAGAGAAUCAAGAGAGAAAGAUUAUUCUCUCUUGAUUGCAUCAAAGAGAACUUCAAUCUCAAAACAUUUUCCCAGAGGAGCAUGCGCCCGAAACUCCCUAGUGUGCGCCGUUCGCAGUCCUCACGGGCCCUAUCACGUCUAUAUUGCCAUUGUAUACUAUAUCUCUAGGCUCCCUCUAUCACAAAAUCCUUCGUCCGCCCCUGUGUACGGUCGUCCAGGUUUAAUAGGAUCAUGAUUCUUAGUGACACACUUUUGAUCACGAUCUUUUUUCACAGCUGUUGAUGGCGGCUUCUCCAAAUGGACCCCUUUCUCCGCCUGCAGUGUGACUUGUGGCAGUGGCGUCAAAGUACGAACACGAACCUGUACUAACCCUCCUCGUCAGUGGAAGGGAAAGGACUGUGUCGGAAUACGACAGGAGUCCAUGGCAUGCAACGAAGGACCAUGCAAGUGA